CAGGCUGUUCCGGAAGUGGACAGUGUCAGAGGUUCUAGCUGGAGAGGAGGGAGCGAGAGCCGCUGGGGAGCCUCAUUGCCCCAGGGCCGAGGGUGGAGCUUUCCCAGUCGGGAAAGGGCUGGGCUCAGCCUACAAGUGAGGGCAGGGCAGAGUGACUGCCAGCGCUCCCUUGAGAAGUCUGGGUGUCACACGUCGCCUGUUUAAUUCCCAGGAUCCUUCUGUGACCUAGUUCCGGAACAGGACGUCCAGCCCAUCUCCGGAUCCCGGCUGGGUCCACAUCCCCAGCCUCGUGCCCUGUCCCGGGUCCCCCGCGCCAGGAGCCCCGCGCCGGAGCGCCCCCGUAUGGCGGGGCCGUGUCCCGGGGCCGGGGUUCUAGAACGCGCGGGCAGCUGCUGGCAGGACCCGCUGGCCGAGGCGCUGAGCCGGGGCCGCUCGUCCUCAGCGGUCGCGGGUCGGGGAUGCGCGCGGAGCCGGCCGCUCAGUGUGGUCUACGUGCUGACCCGGGAGCCCGGGCCCGAGGUGGAGCCCGGGGUGGGAGCCGAGGCAGAGCCGCUGCCGCUGCGAUGCCUGCGCGAGGCCUGCGCCCAGUUCCAGGGCACGCGGCCACCCCCGCAGCUGCGCAGCCUGCCCUUCGCGACUCUGGCGCUAGGCGACACGGCGGCGCUCGACUCCUUCUACAACGCGGAUGUCGUGGUGCUGGAGGUGAGCAACUCUCUGGCACAACCCUCCUUAUUCUACCACCUCGGCGUGCGUGAGAGCUUCAGCAUGACCAACAACGUGCUGCUCUGUUCCCAGGCAGAGCUCCCUGACCUGCAGGCUCUGCGUGACGAUGUUUUCCAGAAGAACUCGGACUGCGUUGGCAGCUAUACCCUGAUCCCUUAUGUGGUGACAGCCACUGGCCGGGUACUAUGUGGCGAUGCGGGCCUCCUGAGGGGCAUAGCCGAUGGGCUAGUACAGGCUGGGGCGGGCACUGAGGCCCUCCUUACUCCCCUGGUGGGCCGGCUUGCCCGGCUGUUGGAGGCCACACCCACAGACUCUUGUGGCUACUUCCGGGAGACCAUUCGCCAGGAUAUCCGGCAGGCUCGGGAGCGGUUUAGCGGGCAGCAGCUGAGGCAGGAGCUGGCUCGCCUCCAGCGGAGGCUGGACAGUGUAGAGCUGUUGAGCCCUGAUAUUGUCAUGAAUCUGCUGCUGUCGUACCGCGAUGUACAGGACUACACCGCCAUCAUAGAGCUGGUGGAGACACUGCAGGCCUUGCCCACCUGCGACGUGGCUGAACAGCACAAUGUCUCCUUCCACUACACUUUUGCCCUCAACAGGAGGAACAGGCCUGGGGACAGGGAGAAAGCCCUGGCCGUGCUGCUGCCAUUGGUGCAGGGUGAAGGCCCGGUGGCACCGGAUCUGUACUGCAUGUGCGGUCGUGUCUACAAGGACAUGUUCUUCGCCUCUGGCUUCCAAAAUGCUAGGCACCUGGAGGAGGCGUAUCACUGGUACCGCAAGGCGUUCGACGUGGAGCCCAGCCUACACUCGGGCAUCAACGCAGCUGUGCUUCUCAUUGCCACCGGCCAGCAGUUUGAAGACUCUGAGGAGCUCCAGCUGAUAGGCAUGAAGCUGGCCUGCCUGCUAGCGCGCAAGGGCUGUGUGGAGAAGAUGCAGUACUAUUGGGAUGUGGGAUUCUACCUGGGAGCCCAGAUCCUUGCCAAUGACUCCAUCCAGGUGGUUCUAGCUGCAGAGCAGCUGUACAAGCUCAACGCCCCCAUAUGGUACUUGGUGUCAGUGAUGGAAACCUUCCUGCUGUACCAGCAUUUCAGACCCACGCUAGAGCCCUCGGGAGGACCCCUGCUGCGAGCUCACUUCUGGCUCCACUUCUUGCUACAAUCCUGCCAGCCUUUCAAGACAGCCUCUCCUCAGGAUGACCAGUGCCUGGUGCUGGUGCUAGAGAUAAACAAAGUCCUAUUGCCUGCAAAGCUUGAGAUUCAAGGGACAGACCCGGUGAAUGCAGUGACCGUAAGCUUGCUGGAGCCAGGGAUUCAGGAGGAUCCUUCCAGCUGGACCUUCCCAGUCACCUCCAUCUGCGGGGUCAGUGCCUCCAAGCUGGACCAACGCUGCUGCUUCCUCUAUGUACUUCCUCCUGCCCAGGACGUCCAGCUGUGCUUCCCCAGCGUGGAGCGCUGCCAGUGGUUUUGUGGCCUGAUUCAGGCCCUGGUGAUGAAUCCAGAUUCCUCGGCUCCCACAGAGGAGGCAGAGGGCACAAGGGAAGUGCUGGAGUUUGAUUAUGAAUACUCGGAGACCGGUGAGCGGCUGGUGCUGGGCAAAGGCACGUACGGGGUGGUGUACGCUGGCCGUGAUAGGCACACAAGGGUACGAAUCGCUAUCAAGGAGAUCCCGGAGCGGGAUAGCAGGUUCUCUCAGCCUCUGCAUGAAGAGAUCGCGCUCCACAAACGGCUGCGUCACAAGAAUGUGGUGCGCUACCUGGGCUCGGCCAGCCAGGAUGGCUACCUCAAGAUCUUCAUGGAGGAAGUGCCUGGAGGCAGCCUGUCCUCCCUGCUUAGGUCAGUGUGGGGACCCCUAAAGGACAACGAGAGUACUAUUAGUUUCUACACGCGCCAGAUCCUGCAGGGACUCGGCUACCUCCAUGAGAACCGCAUUGUGCACCGGGACAUCAAGGGGGACAACGUACUGAUCAACACCUUCAGUGGGUUGCUUAAGAUCUCUGACUUUGGCACCUCCAAGCGGCUGGCUGGCAUCACACCCUGCACGGAGACUUUCACAGGGACUCUGCAGUAUAUGGCCCCCGAAAUCAUCGACCAGGGCCCACGAGGAUAUGGAAAGGCAGCUGACAUCUGGUCUCUGGGUUGCACUGUGAUUGAGAUGGCCACAGGCCGACCGCCUUUCCACGAACUAGGGAGCCCACAGGCUGCUAUGUUUAAGGUAGGCAUGUACAAAGUGCAUCCACCAGUGCCCAGUUCUCUGUCAGCUGAGGCCCAAGCCUUCCUCCUCCGAACUUUUGAGCCAGACCCCCGCCUCCGUGCCAGUGCCCAGGAGCUGCUGGGAGACCCUUUCCUGCAGCCAGGGAGGAGGAACCGCAGCCCCGGCUCUUCUCGGCAUACUCCCCGGCCCUCAGGUGCCCCUUCUAGCGGUUCCAGUCCUCCGCCUGACUCGGCCAUCCAAUCUCAGACAUUCCCAAGGCCUCAGGCGCCCUCUCAGCACCCACCCAGUCCCCCAAAGCGCUGCCUUAGUUAUGGGGACACCAGCCAGCUCCGUGUGCCUGAGGAGCCAGCAGCCGAGGAACCCGUGUCCCCUGUAGAGAGCUCAGGGCUCAGUCUGCUGCAUCAGGAGAGCAAGCGCCGGGCCAUGCUGGCUGCGGUCCUGGAACAGGAGUUGCCCACACUGGCCGAGAAUCUACUGGAGCAGGAACAGGAUUCUCGACUCAGCAGGAAUCAUGUGGAACAGCUGCUUCGCUGCCUCGGGGCACAAAUCCACACUCCUAACCGCCGGCAGCUGGCCCAGGAGCUGCGGGCCCUGCAAGCUCAGCUGCGAGCCCAGGGCAUGGGGCCUGCACUUUUGAAUGGGCCGCUCUUCACCUUUCCAAACGCGGUGAAGCAGAUCCUUCGCAGACGUCAGAUCCGCCCACACUGGAUGUUCGUGUUGGACUCGCUGCUCAGCCGCGCGGUCCGGGCGGCCCUGGCAGUGUUGGACUCGGAGGUGGAGAAGAAAACUGCCUCACCGAAGCCAGAGGGGAAUAAAGGGGCGUCCCAGCAGAAAUCGCAGGAGAGCCAGCAGCUGCUGCAGAACCAGCUCCCGCCAGAGCAAGGACCUCCGUCGUCGCUGAUGGUGCAGCUGGGUCUCUUGCGAGCCGAGACUGACAGGCUUCGGGAUGUGCUGGCUGAGAAGGAACGGGAGUGCCAGGCCCUGGUGCAACAGGCCCUACAUCAGGUGGAGGUAGAGACCAGGACUUACGCCCCCCUGGCUUCAGAGCCCCCAGCCGCUCUCCCGAAGGACCAGAGCCUGGUGCAGUGGCUACAGGAACUGAGCGUAGACCCAGCCACUAUCCAAACGCUCCUGAGACACAGCUUCACCCUCCAAACCCUGCUCACCUGUGCCACUCAAGAUGACCUUGUCUACACUCGAAUCAGGGGAGGGAUGGUAUGCCGAAUUUGGAGAGCCAUCUUGGCACAGAGAGCAGGGGCCAUACCAGUUACCCCUGGAGCCCGGGAGGCUGAGUGAUGGCAUCAAAGGACACAGCCAAGGUGGAUGAGCAGAGAAGACACAAAUGACAAAUGGCUUUUGACACACCUGUCCCAGAAUCUAGGAGCAACUGCAGGGCCCAGUGGGGUGGAACUAAACUACAGAGGCGCCCAUGGACACUACACACAACCAAAGACUAUUAAA